AUGGAUGCCAUAUCAACUCAAUUAAAAAUUGACGUAUCUCUGAAAAGAAUUAAUGCCAAAUUUAAGAUUUUAAAAGCUGAAUCUAUAUUCAGGAAGUAUCCACUGUGUAUUACAACGAGUGAUAUUGUAAUUGACAGUGAUGGUGUUUACGCAGAUAAUACGAUGAUUGAGUAUUAUGAUUUUGUUAAGCCGUCUGAUCUUGCACUUGGUGUAGUUCGUAAUGUUAAAUCUCUGGCAAUUGUUAAUGUGGGUGGUGAAGAACUAAUAAGUGAUUGCUAUAAUAGUGUUGUUAAGGUGAAGCAAAAGUAUAUAAAUAAAGAUACACUUGUCUCGGUAAUGCGUAACUAUUCAAUCAAGCAUAUGUUCAAUUGUAGAACUGCGAGAUCUAACAAGCAGAGUUAUGUCUUGCUGUGCAAAUCGCCGAAAAGUAAUUGGGUAUUCAAGGCAUCCUGUAAGCAUGGUACUGAUACAUUUAUAGUACAUACCUUCAACGAUGAACACACCUUCUCAAUAAUGGACAAAGUGUUUGAGCAACAGCAUACAACCAUUGCCUUUGUAGCUGGAAUAACAGCUCCAAAGUUAGUGAACUACAAAGGAAUAAUCACCCCAAGCGACAUUAUUGAAGAUAUAAAAAGGGAAAUUGGUUUGGACAUAGAUUACAUGAAGGCGUGGCAUGCUAAAGAUCGUGCUUUAAAAAUGUUGAGAGGGCGAACAGCUGAUCCUUUCAUUAGGGGAUUUGGGUAUUGUAGGUCUGUUGUGGUAGUAGACGAUAGUCACAUGAAAGGACCAUAUCAAGGAAUAUUCGUUUCAGCUAGCACUCUUGAUGGAGCAGGACAUAUAUUGCCGCUUGCGUAUGGGGUUGUAGAUUCUGAGAAUGAUUCAUCCUGGAUGUGGUUUUUCCAGCAAUUCAAGUGUGCUUUUGGUGAGCGUGAUAAUAUAAAGAGUAAGGACAAGCUGACCGACGAGUUUUUUGCCAUGGCUAAAGCGUACAAGUUGGAUGUGUUUGAUGAGCUUAUGUGUAAAGUGGGAAAGAUUGACAAUAGAGUUAAGGUAUAUUUGGAAAAUGUUGGAUUUGAAAAGUGGUCACGAGUUUAUGCUCCAAUAAAUAGGGGGAGGAUGAUGACUUCCAACAUUGCAGAAUGUAUCAACUCUCAUCUUGUUGAGGCUCGUGAACUGCCAAUUUUAGAUUUUCUUGAAUAG